UGAACGCACAGGACUAUCUUUACCGUGCUGAUGUUUGGUGUGUUGUAUUUCGAUGUAGUGAUGUGCUUGUGAGUGUCCAGUUCAAAUUAGUCCCGUGUUGUAAAUAUUUGGUUUAAUGUAGGUGAUAUGGCUGUGGUUGCUGCUUACGUGAAAAAAUACCUGAGGUGAAACACUAUGAACACAACAAAAAUUAGCUGAAGUAUUGCAAAAGAAGUCAUAAUGGGUGAAAUUGGCUCUGCAAGUUUCCUUCAUAUGGGGGACAUAGUGUCUCUCUAUGCUGAAGGAGCUGUAUGUGGAUUUCUGAGCACCUUAGGGUUGGUAGAUGAUCGCUGUGUCGUUUGUCCGGAGGCUGGAGACUUAAGUAACCCACCAAAAAAAUUUCGAGACUGCUUGUUUAAGAUAUGUCCUAUGAACCGUUACUCAGCCCAGAAACAGUUUUGGAAAGCUGCAAAGCAAAGUGCUAGUUCAGCAACGGAUGCUGUUCUUUUAAAACGAUUGCAUCAUGCAGCAGAAAUUGAGAAAAAACAAAAUGAGACUGAGAACAAAAAAGUUCUAGGCAAUGUUGUGACAUAUGGCAGUGUCACACAGCUUCUGCACUUAAAAUCUAACAAGUAUCUCACUGUUAACAAGCGUCUGCCAGCUCUCCUUGAAAAAAAUGCAAUGCGUGUUUACUUAGAUGCUAACGGAAAUGAAGGAUCAUGGUUCUACAUAUUGCCAUUUUACAAAUUACGUGCUACAGGAGAUAAUGUUGUUGUUGGUGAUAAAGUUAUAUUGAAUCCUGUCAAUGCAGGACAUCAAGUCUUGCAUGUUGCCGCAAACUAUGAACUCCCUGAUAAUAUUGGCUGUAAAGAGGUGAAUGUUGUAAAUGCUAGUACAUCGUGGAAAGUGACGUUAUUUAUGGAACACAAAGAAAACCAAGAAGAAAUUUUGAAGGGUGGUGAUGUUGUUAGAUUGUUUCAUGCUGAGCAGGAAAAGUUUCUUACCAUGGAUGAAUACAAAAAGAAACAGCAUCUGUUUCUUCGAGCAACAGGACGAACUUCUGCAACAUCUGCAACAAGUAGCAAAGCUCUGUGGGAAGUGGAGGUUGUUCAACAUGAUCCGUGUAAAGGAGGAGCUGGCCACUGGAAUUCCCUUUUCCGAUUCAAACACCUAGCUACAGGCCAGUAUUUGGCAGCUGAAAUUGAUGAUGAUGACACAUAUGAUCCCAUGCGUGCUAAACUUAGAGAUCCUCAAGGUGGACCAGUGUUCCAUUUAGUUUCUGUUCCUCAUCCCAAUGAAAUUGCAUCAUUGUUUGAAUUGGAUCCAACUACACUAACACGUGGAGACUCCCUUGUCCCACAGUCAUCUUAUGUUCGCCUUCACCACCUGUGUACUAAUACGUGGGUUCACAGCACAUCUAUUCCCAUUGACAAAGAUGAUGAGAAACCCGUGAUGUCUAAAGUUGGUUGUGCAACUAUUAAAGAAGAUAAAGAAGCUUUUGCACUGAUAUCAGUUUCACCGACAGAAGUAAGAGACCUGGACUUUGCAAAUGAUGCUUGUAAAGUUUUAGCAACCAUUUCUACAAAGUUAGAAAGGGGAACUAUAUCACACAAUGAGAGGAGAGCUGUUACAAGUCUGCUGCAGGAUAUAGUUUAUUUCAUUGCGGGACUUGAAAACGAACAGAAUAAAUCAGAAGCACUGGAUCUUGUGGUUCAGAAUCCAAACAGAGAUCGACAAAAGCUCCUCCGUGAACAAUAUAUACUUAAACAGCUAUUCAAAAUACUUCAGGCACCAUUCCUUGAAAGUGGAGAAGGUGAAGGACCAUUUCUUAGGAUUGAAGAGCUUGGGGAUCCCCGCCAUGCACCGUACAAAUAUAUCUUCCGUCUGUGUUAUCGUAUUCUGAGACUUAGUCAGCAAGAUUAUCGCAAAAACCAGGAGUAUAUAGCCAAACAUUUUGGUUUUAUGCAGAAACAAAUUGGUUAUGAUAUUUUGGCUGAAGAUACAAUUACAGCUUUGUUGCACAAUAAUAGAAAAUUGCUGGAAAAACACAUUACUGCAGCAGAAAUUGAGACAUUUGUUGGACUGGUGAGAAAGAACAUGCACAAUUGGGAAUCACGUUUCUUGGAUUAUUUGUCAGAUUUAUGCAUAUCAAACAAGAAAGCUAUUCCAGUAACACAGGAACUGAUAUGCAAAAGUGUUCUGAGUCCAAAAAACUCAGAUAUUCUCAUUGAAACAAGAAUGAUGAAAACCCAUUUGGAAGUUGAAGAUAGGAGCAUCCUUGAUGAAUCAGAGGGAGAAGUUGAACCAAUGGUCACUAUUGAAGAAGAGGAGGACGUGUUAUUACUGUGGAACAAUAGACAGAAAUCAAUGUCCGUUUCUGAACUGUCACGUGGAGCGAAGCUUGGAAAAUGGGAAGAUCAAGCAAUAUUGGAUUAUUACAGACACCAGCUGAAUUUGUUUUCUAACAUGUGCCUAAACAGACAGUAUUUAGCAUUAAACAAUCUUUCUCCUCAUCUCGACAUUGAUUUAAUACUCAAGUGCAUGGCAGAUGAAAGAGUGCCUUAUGAUUUAAGAGCCUCAUUUUGUCGGUUGAUGCUUCAUCUUCAUGUUGACCGCGAUCCUCAGGAGCCUGUAACACCUGUGAAAUAUGCAAGACUGUGGUCGGAGAUACCUUCCAAAAUGACUAUUCAGGACUACGACAGCAACAAAACACCAGACCACAAUAAGGAGGCAGUGAGGGCGAGAUUUGGUUCCACAAUAAUAUUUGUGGAAGAUUAUUUGUGCAAUGUUGUUGGAGAAAUGUGGAGCUUUGCAGAUCAAGACCAAAAUAAAUUAACAUUUGAGGUGGUGAAGCUGGCAAGAGAGCUUAUCUACUUCGGAUUCUAUAGUUUUAGUGACCUCCUGCGGCUCACUAAAACUUUACUGCGCAUUCUGGAUUGUAUAUCUGAUGCAGAUUUCAAUGGAAAGAUUCCAACUGGAGAUGUUGAUUCUGAAGGGGGAGUUUUGCGCUCCAUUGGGGAUAUGGGGGCUGUCAUGACAGGCCUCACUUUGGGGGCUGCUGGACUCACAAGAUCUGUAAUCUCUUCAGCACAGAAGAAGCCAUCCCAGCUCAAGGAGUACCCAUUAGUGAUGGACACCAAACUGAAAAUAAUAGAAAUUUUGCAAUUCAUUCUGGAUGUGAGAUUAGAUUAUCGCAUCAGUUGUUUACUCUCAAUUUUUAAAAGGGAGUUUGAUGAAACUGAACGGUCACCUGACACUAACAUGCCCAUUGGACAAAAAAACAUUGAUUUGGAGAGAAUAGGAAUGCAAGCAGAAGGAAUCUUUGGUAGCAGUGAGGACUGUGCAGCCUUGGAUUUGGAUGGUGAUGGAGGUAAAACAUUUUUGAGGGUUCUGCUACAUCUUACAAUGCACGACUACCCUCCACUUGUGUCAGGUGCCUUGCAUUUGCUGUUUCGCCAUUUCAGCCAAAGACAAGAAGUCCUACAGGCUUUCAAGCAGGUGCAACUUCUUGUGUCUGACAUGGAUGUUGAAUCUUACAAACAAAUUAAGUCAGACUUAGAUGUUUUACGCCAGUCAGUGGAGAAGUCUGAGCUGUGGGUUUAUAAAUCUAGGAGUUCUGAAGAGCAUGGGAAGAUAAAAAGUAAAGAUGAUGAUGACGAAACUGUAAGAGAGAGACAAGGAACACCAAAACAGACUGCACCUGCUCUGGAUCCUUCAGACAGAAGUUCAGCUAUUGAUUUGGAUGUUGGCCCACCCCUUCAUCCAGAUCAAGCUGAAGAAUACAAAAAAAUUCAGCAGAUCCUCAUUCGAAUGAACAAGCUGUGCACUCAGUGUUGUGCAGGUGGUGUGCUGAAACCAAGAAAACACGAGCAAAGGUUGUUGCGGAAUGUAGGUGUCCAUACUGUUGUCCUUGACCUACUCCAGAUUCCUUAUGACAAAAAAGAAGAUGUAAGAAUGAAUGAACUCAUGAGAUUGGCACAUGAAUUUCUGCAGAAUUUUUGCCUUGGAAAUCAACAGAAUCAAGUUCUUCUUCACAAGCAUCUUGAUCUCUUCUUAAAUCCAGGAAUAUUGGAGGCACAAACAGUAUGCAGUAUAUUUCAAGAUAACUCUACUCUUUGUAAUGAGGUCAAUGAAAAAGUGAUACAGCAUUUUGUUCACUGCAUUGAAACUCAUGGUAGACAUGUUCAGUAUUUAAAAUUUUUGCAGACAAUUGUUAAAGCAGAAAAUCAGUUCAUAAGGAAAUGUCAAGAUAUGGUCAUGCAAGAGCUUGUGAAUGCGGGAGAAGACGUCUUGGUGUUCUACAAUGACAAAGCUUCAUUUAACAACUUUGUGAAAAUGAUGAGAUCAAAAAGGCACCGCAUGGAUGAAAGUGGUCCUCUCAGGUAUCAUGUGGAGUUGGUUAAACUUUUGGCCUGCUGUACAAUGGGAAAAAAUGUUUACACCGAAAUAAAAUGUCACAGUUUACUUCCUCUUGAUGACAUAGUGGCAAUGGUGUCACAUACUGAUUGCAUUCCAGAGGUAAAGGAAGCAUAUAUUAACUUCUUAAACCAUUGCUAUAUUGAUACAGAAGUUGAGAUGAAGGAAAUUUAUACAUCCAACCACAUGUGGUCUCUUUUUGAGAAGAGCUUCCUGGUCGAUAUGGGAAUUGUUGCAAAUUCAACACAUGAUCGAAAACAUGCUGAUACAGCUUUGGAAAACUAUGUCAUCAACAGUGUUAUGAACAUUAUAACAACUUUUUUUAACACUCCAUUUUCAGACCAGAGUACAACUGUUCAGACAAGACAACCUAUUUUUGUGCAGCUUCUUCAAGCAGCAUUCCGGAUAUCUCAGUGCACAUGGCUGAAUGCAGCACAGAGAUUUAAUGUUGAAAAUUGCAUUCGUACUUUGUCAGAAGUGGCUAAAGGAAGAGGAAUAGCUAUACCAUCUGACCUUGAAAGCCAAGUUUUGUCCAUGUUCAACAAAGCAGCAAUGUUAUCGAGACAGACUAGCAAAUGGUUACAGGCUGCAAAAACACCAAAAAUGGAACGUUCACAGUCUCAGCUAAUGCGGCUCGAUCGUAGCAUUAUAGAAGGGCUACAAGACAUUGUGUCGCUUUUAGAAGAUCAAUUGAAACCACUGGUUCAGUCAGAGUUAUCACUUCUAGUUGAUAUUCUUUAUAGACCAGAACUGCUGUUUCCUGCAGAUACUGAAGCUAGGAAGCGAUGUGAGAAUGGUGGCUUUAUUAGAAGGUUGAUAAAACACACAGAAAAAUUACUAGAAGAGAAAGAAGAAAAACUGUGUGUCAAAGUUUUGAAAACAUUGCGUGAAAUGAUGGCAAUUGAUCCAGAGUAUGGUGAAAAGGGUGACAGUCUUCGAGCAAGUCUGCUGAAUCGUUACUUUGAGGGUGCAAAGCGAGAUCCAGUAGAGCCAAGCACAAAAAGGCCACCAGUUACACAUGGACCAGGUGCAAAAAUGUUGAGCAGAGCUGGCAUGACACUGCAUGAAGUUCAGUGUCACCUGGAUCGUGAAGGUGCAUCUGAUCUUGUUGUGGAACUAGUAAUUAAAUCCGUUCAUUCACCCUCAAUUUUUGUUGAAGCUGUGGAAUUGGGGAUAGCCCUUUUGGGUGGUGGUAAUCCCAUUAUCCAAAAAAGCAUGUAUAAUAAACUUAUGGGUGGAGACAUUAGCCAGUCUUUCUUUAAGGUGUUCAAUGAUAAAAUGAAAGAUGCUCAACAAGAAAUAAAAUCAACUGUGUCCGUUAACACUUCUGACAUAGCAGCCAAAGCCCACGAGGAUAAAGAACAAAGUAGGGAAUUGGAAAAGCUAACAAAAAAGAAAGUUAAGCCAAAUGGAAUAGUGAUAACAGAAGAGCUUCGAGAAGAACUAAACCAGGCAGCAUUUGCCACAUCUCAUGCCUAUGCUGGUGCUAGGAGUGCUUCUCAAGGUGAGGAAGUUGGUUCAUUAGUUUUGGGACCAGGAUCUGCUUUGGAAGACAUGCUGGCUGAGAAAUUAGAGCGACAUCGUGAUCGUGAAGACAAAAAUAAACUGUCUACUAAAGUUUUAGUCAUGCAGCCAAUUCUAAGGUUUCUACAGCUAUUGUGUGAGAAUCACAAUAGAAAUUUACAAAAUCUUCUGCGAACUCAAAAUAACAAGACAUAUUAUAACUUGGUGUCAGAAACACUGAUGUUUCUGGAUUGCAUCUGCGGCUCCACAACUGGAGGACUGGGCUUGCUUGGACUAUACAUAAAUGAGAAUAAUGUUCAUCUCAUCAACCAGACCUUAGAGACUUUGACAGAAUAUUGCCAAGGUCCUUGCCAUGACAACCAGAAUUGUAUUGCAACUCAUGAAUCAAAUGGUCUCGAUAUCAUUACGGCACUCAUACUAAAUGAUAUAAAUCCUCUCGGAAAAACAAGAAUGGAUCUUGUCUUGGAGCUGAAAAAUAAUGCCUCAAAAUUACUCUUAGCAAUCAUGGAAAGUAGAGGAGAUAGUGAAAAUGCUGAUCGGAUCCUGUACAACAUGAAUCCAAAGCAGCUGGUGGAAGUGGCAUGUCGUGCUUACCAUCAAGAAUCUCUGGAUGAAGAAGAUGAUGAUGAUGGAGAAGAUACAUCGACUGAGGGUAGUGAUGGUGUAUCACCCAGAGAAGUGGGUCAUAAUAUUUACAUCCUCUGUCACCAACUUGCACAACAUAAUAAGGAACUAGCAGCUCUUCUGAAACCUCGAGAUAGUAACAGUGAUCCAAAGAUGAAUCAGGCUUUGGAUUAUUAUGCUAAUCACACAUCACAGAUAGAAAUUGUGCGUCAAGAUAGGACACUGGAACAAAUUGUUUUUCCUAUUCCUGAAAUUUGUGAAUAUCUUACACAAGACACAAAAACAAGAAUUUUGAAUACAGCUGAAAGGGAUGACCAAGGUUCAAAAGUUUCAGACUUCUUUGAACGGACAGAGGAUAUGUUUUAUGAAAUGAAAUGGCAAAAAAAGUUAAGAGGUCAGCCUGUCUUGUUCUGGGUUAGCAGUCACAUGUCAUUGUGGAGCAAUAUGUUGUUUAACUGUGCAGUUUUGAUCAAUCUUAUUGUAGCAUUCUUUUAUCCAUUUACUGAAACAAUGCCAAAGCUUGGUCAUCAUUUGUCGGGUUUGAUAUGGGCAGUAAUGCUGGUGUCUGCAGCUAUUGUUAUAACAGUACCUCGUGAAUCUGGUGUAAGGACAUUAGUUGCUUCUACAAUUCUGAGGCUGAUAUUUUCUGUUGGGCCAGAACCAACACUGUGGCUCCUUGGCACAUUAACAGUAUUGCUCAAAGGAGUCCACUUAGUCAGCAUCAUGGGAAACCAAGGAACAUUUACAAAAAGCCUAGAACAGAUGAUAACAGAUGCAGAGCUUUUGUACCAUCUCACCUACCUGAUAUUUUGCCUUUUAGCCCUUUUUAUGCAUCCAUUUUUCUUUUCUGUUCUGCUGUUCGAUGUUGUUUACCGUGAAGAAACAUUAUUAAAUGUAAUAAGAUCUGUAACUCGGAAUGGUAGAUCUAUUAUAUUGACAGCAGUUCUGGCUCUCAUCUUGGUAUAUAUGUUUUCAAUCAUUGGAUACAUGUUCUUCAAAGAUGAUUUCUUACUAAAUGUUGAUAAAGAUGUUGUACCUGCUCAAACCUCUCACUGUUCGGGACAUGGGGCGAGAAGUACUGAAAGUUGCACUUCUGACAGAAAUUGUGACAUCACUUCAAGACACAAAGGAGAUGGUCACAUCUACCAUGAAGGUGUAGCUGAACUUGUAACAGUAUCGAGCGAAGUGAAAGAAAGAUCUUGUGACUCAUUGAUUAUGUGUAUUGUUACAACACUGAACCAAGGCUUAAGAAAUGGUGGGGGAAUUGGUGACAUCUUACGAGCUCCAAGCAGUACUGAACCUCUGUUUGUGGCAAGAGUUGUGUAUGAUCUUCUAUUUUACUUCAUUGUUAUUAUUAUAGUGUUGAACCUGAUCUUUGGUGUUAUUAUUGAUACUUUUGCUGACCUCAGAAGUGAGAAACAACAAAAGGAGCUAAUACUUAAAGACACUUGUUUUAUAUGUGGACUCAACAGAACUGCAUUUGAUAAUAAGACAGUGAGUUUUGAAGAACACAUAAAAUGUGAGCACAACAUGUGGCAUUACCUUUAUUUCAUAGUUCUGGUUAAAGUGAAAGAUCCAACAGAAUUUACUGGUCCAGAGAGUUACGUUUAUGCUAUGGUGAAAGACCGCAAUCUCGAUUGGUUUCCAAGACUGAGAGCAAUGUCUCUGGCUGCGGAUGAGGGUGAAGGUGAGCAAAUGGAGUUAAGGACACUGCAGGUGCAGUUAGAGAAAACUCAGAAUCUUGUGGCAACACUUUCACAUCAGCUCACUGAAUUAAAAGAUCAGAUGACUGAGCAGAGAAAACAGAAACAAAGGAUGGGUUUGCUCAGCACAACUUCUGCAUAUUUUCACAAUGUACCUUCCCAGUAAAACAUACGGGUAGCCCUCAGCACAUUUUACGUAUACCUGAGGAAAAGGGAGGGAAGAGAAUCUUGUUAGUAGCCACAGGCAGUUCUGUUUGAUUGAGUUUAGCCAGCAUAUCAGACAUUCAUAUUGGGUGUAACUGUUCUCUUCAGUGACAUAAUUUCUAUCAUUUCUGUGUGUGUCAUUUUCUGAUGUCUUCUGUCCUUUUUUCUAUAAUACAAGUUUAACAUCGUUAUGUACAUUCUUGCCAAAUAUUUUAAUGUAUUUAUAAUGUAUAAAAUUGGAUUAAUUGAGAUUUUUUCAUGUUUAUGAAUCCUCGUAUACAUUGUUGAAAUGAUAAUAUACUUGGUGUGCGUGCGUGCGUGUGUGCAUUUUUGUGUGUGUGUGUGUGUGUGUGUGUGUGUGUGUGUGUGUGUGUGUGUGCAGAAAACCCCUAUUACGCAAUGUUAAUUGCAUGUUUGAUUAUUAUUGUUCAGUGUUUUUAUAUGUGUAAUUUAAAAUUUACUUCUGUGUUACUCAAAUUUUUGUUAUAUAAUAAUGCAGAUGUAAAUGUUAAUACUUGUUACAUAUUUAUUUCCUCAUCUUUUGUAAAAAAAAAAGAAAAAGAAAAGAAAAGGAAAACAGAGAAAGAAAAGAAAAUCAUGUCAUUUCAGGUUGUUAUUAAAGUAUUCCUUAAAGACAGUGUGAAAGUAGUAUGCAGAAUUUUUGAGCUGACACAAUUGCAACUGUGGCAAACUGUGUGAAUGGGAAAGUGUUCAAUUAUUGUUGCUUUCAGCUGUGUACAUUAUUUAACACAUUUCACAGAGACCCUGUAUCUAUCUUUUCCCUGUUAUUACAUUCAGCAUUGCCAGUCUCUUCGGUGCAGAAACUGAUGUGUGUAAUCAACAGAAUAGUUCAUGUAUUAGAUAUUUUUCAUAUAUGUCUUGUGUUUUUGGAUCUCUACUCUGUUCAGAUCAAUGAGAUGAUAAUUUUCUACCUCUGAAACACAUUUUUGUAGUGUGAAUGUCUAAAGAAACUUUUACUUGAUUGAACAGUUUUACAGUUUUCUGUGAAAAAAUGAUUGCUCAUUAACAGUCUCCUCAGAUUGUUAAAAAGUGGAAGUAGAAGUUUACUUUGGGAUAGAAAUCGUUUUUAAAGGCACAAAUGUAAUGGAGAAAAUCAUCACUGUAUAGGUUUUCCAAAAAAUUUUAUAAUACUUUUAACUGAAUGACCCUGUAGAUUAGUUUAUAUGUGACUUACUACCAUUUGCCAGUAGUGCAGACUUUGAUAGUUAUAUGUAACCACAAAGUCCCCAGUUUUGAAGAAACAUUUAAUUAUUUGUAAGUGAGAACAUGCUUCAUAUGUUUCCACGACCCAUACAUUGCAUGUCAGUAAUUCCUGUCUGACAGUCAGGAGUUUGACUCUGUCUCAUUGAAAACUAAUUUUACUUCACUUCUAGUAUGUGUGUAUUUUAAUGUACAGGUUUUAGUGUGCUUUAUUUUUGAGUCUACACCAGUCGUCUGCAUUACUGGCUAUUCAUAUAAAUGUUGGGGCAAACACUACCGGGAAGCUGUAGUGCCUCUGUAAAUAUGUGAUGGUCUUCGAUAACAACAGUUAAUGCAAAUAAUUUUAACAUGCAACCACAAAAGGCACAUUUUAGUUUGUAUUGUAAAUUAAAAUUGACCUAAAUGAAGAACUCUGUCUAAAAUCACCGUAACAAUUAUGAAUUAGUACUUUUAUAGUAUCAGUUUACUUGGUGAGCACAGAGAAUAAUACCUGUGGCAAACAUCGCAUUACUCUUCUCAAAGUAAAUUUUUACAUUUCAUUUCUUAUUAUAAUCCAUGAAUGAUCAGUAAGGUGCCCCAUAUGUGUGUUACAAAAUCAUAACUCAUUUGUAUUUCGAUUGUUGAGCUUUAUUCCAUUACCUCCAAGUGAUAGAUGUAAACGGAGAAACUGCUCCAUUGUUGAUACAAUAUAAUAGCAGUAACCUGUGUAGUGUGUUUUAAAACUAUUGUACUACAAAAAGUGAGUUUUGGACUGUUGUUUCUUUGAAUCUGUAUAUUGUUAAACACUACAACUUUGGUAUAAGUAUUGUUGCAGAAUACAUUAUUACAAAGAA